GUCCAUGCAAGGCAGGAUCACAGCACAAGCAUUCAGUUUUGACCAGCAGUUUAAGCCCUAUCAAAAGGAUGAAUUUGUUACGGCAUUUUUUAAUGAUCAGAAUGUGAACUCCAGUUUGAAGUUGCUCUCAGCUUCAGGACAAUGGACUACAUUGGGUUCCAAAGUGACAAAAACUGAAGCUACACUGGUGCCCUGUACAGAGAUUUCCAUGUCAUUUUUUGAUCGGCUCUACUCUGAAGGAAUUGUUAGAGAAAAUGGAGAUAUUGUAAAAUGUUAUGAUGACUAUUAUGGUGAUAUUCUCAUCUCUGAUGAAUUAAGAAAGGUCUUGCUUCUGGAAGAUUCAGACCAUUAUGACAUAUUCAGUCCAUUGGACCGCCAGGAAUUUCUGUUCUGUCUUUUUAAGCACCUUUGCAUUGGAGGAACUCUUUGCCAGUUUGAAGAUGCAGUUGUCCUAUACUUAGAAACUACAAAAGCAUUUUAUAAAGACUUGGUGAGUGUUCAAAAGAAUCCUGAAACAAAAGAAAUAAGUAUUAUUUCUACAGUCUUCAGAGUGUCUGCAUAUGACAUUAAUGGCCUGUGUUACCCUUCAAGCAAAAGCCACCAUCAGACUUUCGCCUACCUGGUUGUGGACCCCUGCAAGCGGCACGUACACACUCUGUACCACUGCUUCGGUGGAGGCUUGUUUACAGACUAG